UGUCACUCGGCCGCGCUCGCGACUGUCUCACGUACACCGUGCGUGUUUUGGAGAUUCGCCGUAUCCCGGACCCCGGUACAACCGCAAUCCAUAUCAGUGCACUCACAGCACUACAUGCCAGAGACGCCGCUGUUCCGGAUCGCACACGAGCUGGCUGAGGAAUUCGGCAUCUCGUCGAUCAAGCGAAUUGACGUUGAGCCAGCCGACACUGCCAAUGACUUGUUUGCAGGGGGCAUGGCUGGGAUCCCCGGUAGCAGUGGCUCGGUGAUGUCGACCCCCAGGUCGACUUGCUCUGCAUCCAAUAUCAGGCACUCGAUUGGCGCAUCCGCGUCUGGCGUCAGUCGCAUCCGGUCAGGCGCCCGUGGUCUACUUAUUCCCGAAACCCCCUCACGCCUAAAUGCCGGCGGAAGUGCCACAUCCCAAAGGGCUAGUAGAUCAAUGCAGCCAGCGGCCCAGUUUUCCUCUGCCGCUACCGCUGCUGCUUGGAAAGGACUGUGGGGACUACCAACUUGGACACGGCCAGGACCACCUGUGCUGGCAACAUAUCCAUGCGCACUGGGGCCAUCGCAUAUGACGCCAGUUACCAAUGACACGUCUGUCUCCACAAUGGAUACGUUCUCAACGACCAGCGCCCAGUCGAUCGGUAGCCCAACCCAAGAUGAGUUCAUCGGCGCCUCCUUGGCAUGGUUUGCGAUCGGUUGCUACUACUUGGUGACAGCAUCGAUUCUAACAGCCCCAGCCUCUGCCCAAGCCGACUGGGGGCAGUCACAUACGUCCUUUGGUGGGAUUCUGACGUCCGCAGCUCGCCUGGGCAUAUCUGGAUCUAACAGCGAUGGUGGGACCUCGCUGCGUCGUGGUCAGCCGCUGACACCUGAAGCUGAGCAUGCGCUCUCUGAAGCCCGCCGGUGGCUUACCAAAACGACCCUUGUCUCACCGCGCAGUGUUUCGGCAUGGGUUGCUUUUGCCCAUACGUUCGUGCUUGCUGGAGAGUGGGAAUCGGCAACACGUGCUCUGCACACGGCUGUCGGUCUGUGUGGAUUCGAAGGUGUUGUUCACGGCGGUGGCCGCGACUCUGGAUCGACAGCAAAGUCGUCGCACGGGACACCUAGCAAGCACGUGGCAUUUAGAAGUGCACGGGUACUGCAGAUGCCAGAGCGUGGCAGUCGGGCUGCACACGCACCACUGGCAAAUCUUGGCAGUGUUUACCUACAAAUGGGUGACCUAACCAUGGCCGAGUCAUGUUUUGAUGCCAGUAUGCGCUGCCUGAGUGGAUUCUGCAUCCGCGACUGUCUCUCUCUAUGGAUGCCGGUCGUUGACGCCAUCCAUGAUGACCAGAUCCUAGCCUGGUGCGAGAACACCAGCCAUAAGCAGUCCGAAUCCAAUCGUAUUAGUCACUCAGCAUCAGCCAUGACUGACCCACAGCUGCUCAACGAUAUUGGUGUCCUAUACUACGCGCGCAGCGAAUUUAGUACAGCAAAGCUGCUCUUUGCUAUGGCACUCCAUGCUCUGCAUAUCAACACUAACCAGCAACAUAUGCUGCAAUCGGCAUUCGCUCCGUCGCAGAAGCACACUACGCGCUGGUCACGAGCGCCAGAUGCUCAGGCUGCAUAUUCUCUGCCCAUGGCCAACCUGGGCAAUGCUUUGCGUCGCAUGGAUCGACUUGAUGCCGCACUGCUGUGCCUCGACGCAUCGGCAAAAUGUAUGCCAUCUAACCCCGAAAUUGCACUAUCGACUGCGUUCACCCUACACUCUCGUGCAAUAUCCCUACUCGACCAAAGCGACUCUGUCAGUGCCAGCCGCGACCUCGACCGCUCCAUCGAUUUGUACCACGAUAUUCUCUCCUCGCGACCUGGUGACCCAGUCACCACUGAUCUCUUGGCACUGGCACUGGAGUUAUCUACAAACAUCCAAGGCACGGUUUUGCUAGGCGGACUGUUGGAUUUCAGCAAGGAACAGCAUGCCCAAAUGGACCAGCAUCCUCGAACCCCAGGUGAGCUGAAAUAUCAAGGGGAUGUGAGCAGCAAGCCAUCAAAUCCGAGCUCUCCUCACCAAGCCUCCAUUUCUAGAGAGGAAUUACCAGCCAUAGAGUUAGACCAGUACUCCAGCAGCUACCAUCCUUCAUCCAAUCGUGCGUCACUGGAGCCAGAAGUUGAUGGAAGUGACGAGGAAAUGGAGAUUGAAGAGGAUACUGACAGCGAUAUGGCUGUAGACUGAUAUGGCUAAAUGCUGCGCUUUUGAAUACUUUAAUACUAUGCCC